UGCGAUAUACCUCAACAGAAAUGAUGGGCUAGGUAGGUGCCAUUGCCACAUGAAUGCUAACUACCAAUUGACCAGAGCACGCUCCUAACAGUAUAGAUCACGACCUAAAAUCCCCUUGGUUUAUCUCUCUCAUAAUAGUAGAUCCUUUCUCACAACAACGGAAAUAAUUCUUCCAUCAUAGUAUUCUUGAGAGACAUGGUUCGAAUCAUCAGUGCACGGUGAGGCGUGGCUUGGUGAGUGGCCUGCCGCAGUAAUACGCUACGGAUCCGCAGCGAAUUCGCAACGCCGCAAUCAAGGCGGGUGGCCUGUUGACUUAAUCCGCCACGGGCAAGCUUACAGCGAAGAUCACCGUAUGUUCAGGAGAUCAACUUUCGAACUCAGGACUGUUAACCUACCAUCCGACAGAAGAAAAACAAGUCGGAAAAAAACUCCGCCUCGUGACUCACCACGCAGUUUCCCGUGCCGGAAAUACUUCACACGCGCCACCAAGGCCCCCGGCCAUGAGUAUGCCUCUCAAAAUCAAUGUAGACUCUGUCUGGCCAUGCGCGAAGGUUGUCACGAUGGUUUUAAUGGCGUAGACACGGGUGCUGCAUGCCGGGACUGCGCAAAGACCGGCCACACAUGCCUAUCCAAAGCCCAGCCCUCGUGAGGGCACGUAGGGAUGAUUUCAGUAUAUUUAAUCAAAGCUGAAGUGGACAGAACUUUGAGCGGGGCUUCCGCGGGGGGAGAACGCUCAUGUGGUCCUCCGCGGAAUCGGCGCGGUGAGUCGUGGCAGAAUCCGGGCUUUCAGCCCGGAUCCACUAAUCGGGUCUAGCCUGUAACAUCUCCUGCUAUGUCACUUCCAGUGGCCUCUCCGGCUUCUUUCGGUGAAAUUGCUGAGCAGAGCCUUGAGGAGAGAAGAACGAUAGCUUUAGAAAUUAUCUCCUUGGCUGUUCGGCUCUGCGCCGUAAGUCUGGAUAGUUCAGAAAUGCGAAUAGGAACGUUGAUAUAGUAGUAGCAACUUAAAAAGGCAGAGGAAGAUGACGACGAAGAGGGGAAACAAGAUGAUGAGGAUAAUUGAGUAAAGUCGGUUCCUGAUGCAUUACCUGCCUCCUAUUGCUAUGUUCUCGGCUUUCGUACUGAAUUGGAUUACGA